AUGAACCAGCCAGGCACGAUCUUACGUGGUAUGAACCAAUUGGACAUGAACCAACCAAGUAUAAGCCAACCUGACAUUAACCGACUGGAUCAACCAGGCAUGAGGCAACUAGGCCUGUGCCAAAUAAGCAUGAGGCAACCUGGCACAUGCAUGCAGGAAUUGGCUGCCUGUGAAAACAUGCUAGAUGCAAUGAAGUUAACAGCAAAGGAUGUACUCAGGGGUGGCAUUGGGGAUCAUCCCCUUUUCUACUGCUUGAUUGCAGAAGUACACAAUCAUCAAAAACCAUUAGGCAAAGUGACUGUUGGAUUUGCCAUGUACUACUUUACAUAUGACCCCUGGAUUGGCAAGUUACUUUACCUAGAGGACUUUUAUGUCAUACAAGCUUACCGAGGUCUAGGUAUUGGAGCUGAAAUGCUGAAGAGGCUAGGUCAGAUAGCCAUCAGAAGCCAGUGUAACUGCAUGAAGUUUCUGGUUGUCAUUUGGAACCAGGCUUCUACUGACUACUAUACUUGUCGAGGGGCUUUAGACCUUUCCUCCGAGGAGGGCAGGCAUCUGUUCAGGUUUAACAGAGAAGAACUAAUGGACAUGGCAGGGGAAGAGUUAAAGAUGACUCAUCACAAAUUGUCCCAAUACAGGCUCCAAUAUUUAAAUGUCACCUGA